AUGCCGACUCCCGGCUCUCUGCCACAGCCCCGAGCCAUGAUGAAGACCUUGUCCAGCGGGAACUGCACACUCAGUGUGCCCGCCAAGAACUCGUACCGCAUGGUGGUGCUGGGCGCCUCGCGGGUGGGCAAGAGCUCCAUCGUCUCUCGUUUCCUCAACGGCCGCUUCGAGGACCAGUACACGCCCACCAUCGAGGACUUCCACCGGAAGGUCUACAACAUUCGCGGCGACAUGUACCAGCUGGACAUCCUGGACACGUCUGGCAACCACCCCUUCCCUGCCAUGCGCAGGCUCUCCAUCCUCACAGGCGACGUUUUCAUCCUGGUGUUCAGUCUGGAUAAUCGGGAAUCCUUUGACGAGGUCAAGCGCCUCCAGAAGCAGAUCCUGGAGGUCAAGUCCUGCCUGAAGAACAAGACCAAGGAAGUGGCAGAGCUGCCCAUGGUCAUCUGCGGCAACAAGAACGACCACGGCGAGCUGUGCCGCCAGGUGCCCACCACCGAGGCCGAGCUGCUGGUGUCGGGCGACGGGAACUGUGCCUACUUCGAGGUGUCGGCCAAGAAGAACACCAACGUGGACGAGAUGUUCUACGUGCUCUUCAGCAUGGCCAAGCUGCCGCACGAGAUGAGCCCCGCCCUGCACCGCAAGAUCUCCGUGCAGUACGGGGACGCCUUCCACCCCAGGCCCUUCUGCAUGCGCCGAGUCAAGGACAUGGACGCCUACGGCAUGGUCUCGCCCUUUGCCCGCCGCCCCAGCGUCAACAGUGACCUCAAAUACAUCAAGGCCAAGGUCCUCCGGGAGGGCCAGGCCCGCGAGCGGGACAAAUGCACCAUCCAGUGAGCAGGAGGGACGCUGGGGUGGGGCUUGGGCGGUGCCUUACGGUGGUGGGGGGCGUGGCCCCGGGUGCCCGCUGCCCGCAUCUCCCCCCAUGAGACCCCAACAGCAGUCACGUUCUAAGACCUUUGGCGCCAGACUGGAGGACCCCAGCCUCCAGCCUCUGUGCAGUCUCCUGCCUUCAACCACUUCCCUCUGAUUCCUCCUU